CGUGCCUCUGAUUUUAAAUAUGGACCAUCUGGCUCUCUUCUUUUGGGUCUAUAAGAUUGAAAAAGGAAGAAAUCAAGAAAAUGAAGAUUGGGUCUUUGUCUCUUGUGAGGAUUUUUCGCUUCCGCGGAGAACGGAAGCAGGAGAUGCGAAUCGCCGAUUUCCUCGAGGAUUGCGACAACGAAGACUACAACAAGAUGGAUGGGAAAAGACGACGAAAAGUGUGUUCUGGUGGUUCUUCGUGUUCUUCUCCGAGGUGGGUUUUGUCUCGUUGCCUCUCUUAUCUCAAGCCGAGGUCAAGGGAGCCAAGCAACUGCAGAACCAGGGUAGUGUUGGCGAAGACAGAGGAGAGGAGAACAAACGAAUCGGAAAGAAGAAGAAGAGAGAAGGAGAGCAAAUCAACUGAUGGGUCUUUCUUAUUAGGGUGUCAGAGGGAUGGAGCGAAAGACAAGUCAUCAUCUUCUCUGGUAGAAGAUUCUACAAGAAAUUCUGAAAUUGUUAAUUCAUCAGUUGAAUCUUCAGGAAGAUAUACGAAGGAACUGUCUUUCAACUUGGGUCUUGGUGUUGGUCUGGGUUUUCUUAUUGCUGAAAGUAAAAAUGAGUUCAAGAAGAUGAUGGAGCUACGGACACAAAUGGAAAUGCUUCUCAAAGAAAUUAAAGGUGGAAUGCAAAGGAAAGAUCUAUACUUUGUUGAAUCUGAGGCAAAAAAUGAUCUCUCUUCUUCCUCAGGAGACUUCAAUGAAGUUGGUAGGACAAACUACCAUCUUGCCAUUCAAAAUCAUCAAUCAUCCAACCAUUUGGCAGAGACUGAAAUCACAAGGGACUGCAAUCAGUUACCAAAAUGUGAUACACACAGAAAAGAGGGAUGCCCAGUGGCAAUUAGUCAACUGGAAGCAGAACUUGAAGCAGAACUAGAACGUUUGCAGUUCAACUUGUAUACUCAAGAUUCACCAAGGAAUCUGCAGCAGGAAAAUGGGGAGAUGGUAGUUGAGAACAAUGCCCAGGCCAGAAGCUGUUUGGAAGAAGUGGAUGACUCUUAUGAUUCAGAUACCACUGAGCACAAUGGAAUUUGUCCAUUGGAGCUUGAGAGGAGAUUGCAUGAGCUACUGGAAGCAAGACAGCAAGAGCGGAUAGCAGAGCUUGAGUUUGCUUUGGAUUGUUCCCAGCACAAACUCCUUGAGAAAGAAAUGGAGAUCUCUUGGUGAGAGGACACUACAAAACUCAUUUCUCAUCACGUUCCAGAAACAUGCUUGUCAAGGUAAGAUCUGCAAAUCCCAAAAUCAUUGCACCUUGGGAAGUUCUAGGUUGCACCUUUAUGUAUUGAAAUGAAUGUUGGUCUCAAUUGACUUUUUUAUUCUUUUGCUUUUGACAACCUACAUUGUGGAUUAUAAUAGGCACAAAUAAAGAAUGGAAAAUGAGAAGUACCCAUACUGUGAAGUUGAGAAUUAGGAAUUGGCCUUAAUUUGGAAAUAUUGUAGCUUGUUGACAUACUAAUAUCAAAUGAUAUAUGUUGUCAU